CAAAUUUUGUGAAGUGUUGGAAAAUGUUAACAAACAACAUCUAUUAUUCGUCACAGAAAGAUAAUUUAAUAUCAUAGUUUUGUCAUAAUAUGGAAAGUGAGGGACAAGAUGAUGAUUCUUCUUCUCUAGAGAAAUCAAAGGAGAUCGCUUUGUUAAAAGAACCCACUGUGAAACACUGCACCAAAUCUUCAAGCGGCACAAAGAUAAGACACAUUCCAGAACACAGACCAUGGGGACAAUUAUGGCUCCAUGCUGCCCUCAUGUGUGGUCGAGAUUUCUUGUACGCAAUCGAAGUUGUUUUGGUGACGCCAAUCAUGCUGCAGUUAGGCAUGUCCGAGAGUGUCUACAGCUAUAUCUGGUUCUGUAGUCCUACAGUCGGACUUCUACUCGGGCCAAUCAUGGGAAGUUGGAGUGACAGAUGCACCUUGAAAUGGGGAAGGAGGAGACCGUUUAUCCUAGGGUUUGUGGUGGGCACGAUUAUCGCUCUCACAUUGCUGAUAUUUAGCAGAGAUCUAGCGAUGGCGAUCACUGAUCAUCCACCCGACCAGCGAACACUGGGUAUCGUUAUUGGAGUUCUCGGGACCCAAGUCAUGGAUUUCUGUCUUGAUCAACUCGAAACUCCGCUGCGAGCGUUUACUCUCGAUGUUUGUUCACCAGCGGACCAGCAAAGAGCUUUUACGAUCCAGACGCUAUUUAUGGGUCUUGGAGGAGCUCUGGGUUUCAUUGUGGACGGAAUCAAGUGGGAAGAUAUAUUUGAAUAUUAUGUGAUCGGAUUUCAAAUCAAAGUCGUUUAUAUUUUUGCCAUCAUUGUUUACAUCACAACUGCUGCCAUGACGAUGCUGAGUAUAAAGGAGGUUCAAUGGGAAAAGAGACACACUGUUGGCAGAUCAAGUUCAGUGAAGCAUAAAGAGAAUUCAAAGGUCAUCACUAAUGGUGCUCUUAAGUCACUGUCCGAACCAUAUGUUGCAGUAACGAAUUUAAAAGAAUUGGGAACGAAGCACGGUAGAAGUGUUGAUGAUAGAAGCCGGUCACCCCUGCUUGAGGAAGAAGAUACUGUGACCCCUGACCUCAACAAGGAAGUCAGUGUACCAAAAGUUUUGUUUUCUAAUGUUGACGGUACGUUUUGUGAAAAUGAUGUUCUGGAGAAUGAGGAAUCGGAAAUUGCAGGCCGAGAGGAAAAAAUUAUUGGUACAGCUUUCAUGUCUCCAGCCGUCCGAAGUAUCACGUUGCUGCCUCGAGUGUCGCUAUGCAAAAGUGUAUUUUUAACAAUGUCUUGCCCAGAAGGAUUAAAUGAUCCUGCCUCGUUGUCAACGGCAACUACUACUUCUCUAGCAACAGAAGAUGACUCAUCGUCUGAUGAGAAUGACUCGUCAUUUUUGGGAAAAUCUCAUAUUGAUGAAGACCAGUAUGGAAGUUCCAUGCCUAAUCUAUCAUCAGGCAACGAUCGUCACCCCGCAACAUUUCUAGAAAUAUUAAAAAACAAAAUAUAUGCAUUUUCAAGUAACACAGACAUUAAUAACCCGGGGAGUGAAGUGGACCCAAAAAAUUAUUUUAAUUUAACCGGGGAGGAGUCUAUGCCUGAAAAAAAAUUAAUUAAAAACGCUAAUAAUGAACAAAAUGGGAAAUUAUACAUCGUUGACGCAAAUGAGAACUCUUGUUUCAAAAAGGAGGGGGAUUUCCCAUUUAAAGAAAAUAAUAAUGACUCUUGCAAAAACGAUGGCGCAGUACGGAGAUUAAAUUUUGAUUCUAAAGAUAAUGAUGCUUUAUUGACCUCGAAUAAAGGAGAGAGAUUACAAAAUAGAGAGAGAAGGAAAAAGAAAGUUGAUGAGGUUACUGCAGACGAUGGUGAAGCCAAACCAGUGUCUUUCAGAAAGUUAUGGCUUUCCAUUCUCACAAUGCCAAUGAAGUUGCGAUACCUCUGCUUUUCAUUGCUUUCCAGUUUCAUAGGAAUCGAAGUUCUAUUGCUCUGGUACACCAAUAUAUUUGGAAGUGUUGUCUAUAAAGGAGAUCCAGUGGCACCUUUGAACUCAACCGAACUGAAACUAUACAAUGAUGGAGUUCAUAUGGGUUGUUGGGGCUUGACAGUCUAUGCAGUGUCCAUGAUGAUUUUCUCAGUUACUCUUGAAUACUUUGAUAUACUGACGAGAGUUUCUCUCAGAGUCGUGUACGCUGGUGGACAACUCCUCACAGCAUUAUCCACAGCUGUUAUGUACAUGUUCCCGAACAAAUAUGUCAUCUUAAUGCUGAGUUGGACAAUCGGAAUUACUGUCAGUACAUCACUAACAAUUCCGUAUAUUCUAGUCGGAAAAUACCACCAGGAAAAAGAUUAUGUAAUGAAGAGCCCUGGUGCCACGAAGCGAGGAUAUGGAACUGAUUGCGCAAUCCUUGCUUGCCAGAUGUACGCUGGAAAUCUCAUCUAUGCUGCAAUAAGUGGACCUAUUAUUACAUCAUAUGGGGGAGUCAAAAUAAUGUUACUUGUCGCUUCCAUUUGCCACGCAGUCGCAUUUUUCAUCUGUGUUGCUAUGGUUACGUACCCUGGAGAAAGAAAUUUUAGUUUUUGUAAAAAAGGAAGGACAGACAACGUACUUUAAAUUUUUUUUAAAGGUUUUCUUAAUCCAAGGUGAUAUAGUAUGAUUUUCUAAACCCCAUACAUCUGAAAUGAAUAACUGACUGACUAAGCAUAUACCCAACAAGGGCUGGGUAUGGAACGAAACGCUGUGAUUUGCUAUAAUAUUAAGUUGGGUUAUCAACUUUCCUUCUAUCCGAAAUGAGUAUGCAAAUCCCAGCUUCCUAGAACUAAUGCAUCUGAAACAUGUUACUGUCUAACACAACAUGACUGGUACCCAAACGAGAAGCUGUGGGUCAAAAUAUGAUUAAGUCAUAUUUUCUCUCUCUAAAAUAAAUAUGGAAACCCUAACCUCUAAAGAAUAUAUUUUAUUUAUCUAUAUUCUAAAUCCCAAGUCCAUGCAUAUGGAACAAUUCACUGGCUUACAAUUCCCGUACCUGACAUGGACUGUUAACCAAAUUAGAGGCCGUGGUUCAGCAUAUGAUUAAACCGUUUUAUAUCUUUUCCUCUCUUUCUAAUAAACAUGAACCUCCUCCCAUGCCCCACCUGGACCGGUAAGCUAAUACAAAGAAGUGGUUUGACAUAUGAUUGAGCCAUGUUAUUGAUUCUCCUCUCUCUCGCUCCUAUCAGCGUUAAAAAGAAGUUAUGGGCAUUUUAAGCCUUUUUCCUUUUAAGUACUCAUAAACCCUAAAACAGUGGUUCUUGUCGACUAAUUACAGCCUUUGCAACAAUUCAAUAUGUCCCGCCAAAUUUAUGUGGAAAAAUGUUUAUCACUUCACGAGUUAUGUUAUUAUCACAGUUUGUGUAUGUUUGUAACAAUUCGGAUCUGUAUCUUAAUUAUACGUACUUGUAUCGGGCCCCUUGGCCCACGAUUAUCCUUCAUUUUGAAUUUUGGCCCCGGGCCAGAUAACUUUGGAAACAACUGCCUUAAUCAAUAGGUUCAGUCUUAAGCAUAAACUAAUAAACAGCUAUGAGAUACGACAGUAAUACAUCAAACUUUAUUAAUUUUGUUCUUAUAUUUGUACUCCCUAUUCUGACAUGUACUAUCUGCUUUGGUACUCUUCCCGAUACUUACAGUAUUAUAUCACAAGACUCCAUUCCUAUUCUUUCUACUAUAGUUUUUCUUUAUAUUGUAACCAGGUUUGGGCAUUUUCGAAUACCUGAUGAUUUCAGAAUCGAAUCGAAUAAUUUUUUCAAAUCGAAUCUUUAAUACUUCGGAUAUAUGUAGUUGUAUUGACUGAUUUAAUGUAAUCGGUCCUCCAGAUACAUGAAUUAGUGAAAACACAUAAAUAUUCUAUCACUCAGACAGUUCGCUGAGUGUUCAGACACAGUAAGAAACAUGUUUCAUCUAUAACUGAAAACUGAAAAAAGUCAUAUCUCAGAAUUUCAUUUGGGAAAUUUGAUAUAAAUAAAAAAAAUGAAGGAUUCAUCUCUUCCUGUAGGCAGACAAAAAACAAGAUGGCGGCGAUUCGAAAUUCCCGUCUGAACCCUUCAUCUAUAGCCCUAAAUAAAAACUUGCCUAUUUUUCCCUACAAUACAUAUUGCAGCCAUGUUUUGUCCAAUACUCAUAUACUGUGAAGUUUCCCUGUGUAUAGCAUAGAGCAGCAUAUUAUUUGGUAAAUUCAAAAUCCUAUUAGGUUCAAACAAUUUAGGCACAACAAAGAGAAAACACUCUGUAAGUGGCAAGUGUUAUUUUACACAAAUGGAUGUAAACUUUGAAACAAAAAUGUUCAGGAAAAAUAUUUUGUGAAAUUUGAAAUGAGUAAUAUAAAAGCAAAUCUUGAUGUUAAUAUGCAAAAUUUGACUUGUUUGUCCUUUGUUAGUGUGGGGGAAUCCCCUUAUUGUUGACCCCCCUCAUUGUUUAGUUUGUAUGCCGUAGUGGUAAAUAUUUUUAUUUGUAUUACUUCGUAACUAUCAGCUUUACAGUGAAGAAAAGUAUUCAAUUUAAAGCGAGAUGUCAUGUUGUCCUUAAGAAUGGUUUGGGGAAUGGCCUUAAGAUUAUCAUUCUUCAUUGCAUCAUAGUGGCUCUACAUCUAUUAGCGUUUAGUGAUGAGUACCAAUUUAUUUGGGCUUUUUUUAGUAUAAAAAGAUACAAAAGUAUGCAUAGCUGUUGUACAGUGCGAUAGAGAAUGACCCCCCACCCCCUUUAAAAUGUGACAAAAAAAUUCAAAAUGCUCUUUAGACCCUCAAAACUCCUGAAAAUCCACGUUUUCCGGCCUCCAACUGAAUGCGUUAGCUGUUACGAUUUAACAUUCAGAACCCCCCAAUUUUAAAAAUUUUCCUGCUGUUGUACCCAACAGCUGUUACAUGAUAUUCCACUUUUUGAAUUUUUUAAAUAAAAAAAUAUAUAUGAUUUUACCUUCUAAGUCGUUAUAUAUUUUAUAGUCAGGAAUAUUUUUUCUAUUUACCGUUAGUUUUUAUUUGUGAUACUUCUGUUACGAAAUGAUGUCCGUGAGUUAGGAAUAUAGUACAUUUACAUGUUACUGACAAUGUCCAUUCAUAUGGAACGUUAUGCUGGCUGGUUAAUUUCCAACUUUGUACUCUCAUGUUAUUGCUACAUGACUAAUUUUUUGAUUGAUUUUCUUUAAUGUUGUUCAUCUCUGGUUAGGUUAGGACAGUGGUUCACAACCUUCUUUUUAUCGUCGCCCACUUCUGUUGCACAAAAAAUUCGGUGGCCCCUGUACUUUCAUAUGCAAAGGAAAAACUAUUAAAAAAAAUUCGCAAAGAUAGGCAAUUCCACUUGAAAUAAAAAUUACCAUUUAGUAACAACAAAAAAACCCAUCGCCAACAAAUUGGUUCUGUUACCGUAGGUCAAUAUGUGCUAGGUACUCUAAAUCAACCUUAUAUACUGCAUAUAGUAAUUAAUUUUGUGUUGAUUUGAAUAUUUUUAUGAAUUCUUAUGCAAUAUUCCUUAUUCACAAAGAAAAAUAACUUUGUGAAACUGUUGUGGCUCUUAUAUUCCUUUCUCUUAUCCCCAUGUUAAAUAUGAAAAUACCAAUGGUGUGGUAUAGCUUGACAAGCUUUUGCAUUAACAAUGUUUUUUGACAGAAGUGUUCCCAUGGAUCAUUUUGCGAUUUCUUUAAGAUUGUUUUUGUUACGAGGAACAGCAUUUUUUUAGCAACUGGACCAAUCUAUUUCAAAAUUUGAAUACUCUGCAAUGAUAAUUUAAUCAGGCUGAUAUUCCACCCAAAUAUUUUUUUACUUCACAGGCACACCUUUGUAUGACACUCGGUCAUAUCCAUACAUCUAUCUUGCUUCUCUUCUAGACAGCUAAGGUUACCCUGCGGAUUCCUGACGUCAGUAUCCAUACAUUCGAUAAUUGUCUUUCUUUUUUUUCAUCAUAAUAUACUUUGCAUGUAUUUUUGAUGGUCUUUAAUAAGUUACUGUUUUCAUAACUCUUCCUAUAAUAUAACUUCAGAAUAAAAUCAUAUUUCUUCA